UCAGCCAAUACUAGUGCGAGUUGCGGUUGCUAUGGGCUACGCGUUUGUCCAAUAAGAGCGCGUGUUGUUGUGUGGCCGAGUUGAUGAGUGCGGCGUCACUGGAUACCAGGUAAAGGCUGGGUGAUAAUUCUGGAUACCUGUGAUCUAAAAGCUUCAGGAUGACUGCAGGUUCCAUUGUGGCUCCGUUCAUAAUUCCCAUUCGGAUUCCAACUCCCGGAAAAGCCAAGCAUGAAAUAGACACCAAUACGCCCAUCGAGAUCAAGUCAGACACUCCUGAUGUGAGAAUUUUCUACACGCUGGAUGGCACUAAACCGGAGUUGCUGCGAAGGCCAGGGCUUGGGGACAGCAGCACGCUGAGAUACACUGAGCCCAUUCGCCUACCCAGCGGCAAAGUGCAUGUCAGGGCCAUAGCUGUGACCAGUGAUGGAAGACAGAGUGCCGUUGUUACGAAGGUCUUCGUCGUGGAUUGUGUGCCGUCUGAGUUACAAGAACCAUCAGACGAAAUUCAAGAAUUCUCUAUAAAGAGUUUGGAGCAAAGUGACUUUGAACACGAGCAGGUGAACGGUGCUGGAGAUGCCUCUUUAGACACUUCCAACAACGGAACACGGCGCACUCGAAAAGGCCCUCGUUUUCUGUCCCAGCGCUUACAGAGCGCACCUGUGGCCCCGCCCACAAAACGCCCACAGAGUGCAGGCGAUGGAGACGGCCUGCUCAAAAACCUAAACAGCACGCAGAUAUCUCGCCUCCAGAGAGAAACAGAUUUCCUCAGGUGCUUUAAGUGUUUGAGCCAUCGGCCCUCGGACCCCUUCGCCCGAUUCUGCCUGCACUGUGGCGCUCCGGUGCCUCCUAUCCCAGGACAGAGACUGCCCCCUACUGAGGGGGGACAGAUGAUCCUGUGUGUGCAGUGUAAGAGCAUGGUCCCGGCGAACACGUCCUCGUGUGUGGUGUGUGAGACUCCUAUUUCCCCACAGCUUCAACCACAGGCCAGCCUGAAGCUGCAGGGCAAACUGAUCUGUCCGUCAUGCGGCACAGGAAACCCCGCCCACAUCACCUUCUGCGUGACAUGUGAGACCAGAUUGUCUCAAGCCGACAGCCCUGUGUUGAGCGGACAGCGAGCUCCUCCUCUACCCUCCGCAGAAGGGAAGAUGGUUCCUUGCUCCAAAUGUAACAGAGUGAACCACUCAGACGCUCGAUUCUGCGACUGGUGCGGUGCCAAGCCUGGCCACGCAGCCAAGUAUCUGACCUGUUCUAAAUGCGGAGCUAGCAGUCACCCGUAUGCUAACUUCUGUGGAAGCUGUGGUGUGUUCCUGGAAGGUCCGCCCCGAGGGUCGGCCUGUAGCACGCAGCCGAGUGCACGAGACGGCGCACUGGAACCUGAGCAGAUUUCAUCUACACGUCAUGCUGCAGUCGCGAGCGUGGCGAGGUGUGUGGACGCGCAGACCCAGACUUCUGGCCUCUUCUACCCCUCCAGCACUGAACUGCAGAAGCGGAGCCAGCAAAGAGAGGCGGAGCUUAGCAGACAGGGCCAGAUGAGUGACAGGAAGCCUUUGCUCACAGCUAUCAGCCCUGGUCGAGGGUUCUGGAGGAAGCAGCUGGAUCACAUCUGCGCUCACUUACGCAGUUACACGCAAAACAACAGCGAGUUCAGAGCUCUGGUUGGAGAACCGAGGAUGGGCAGGCUGAUCUCCGCUGUAAUUGAAGAGGACAGCUACGAAGUCAGCCUGCGUGUUAACUUCAUCUUGGAAUCUCCAGACAGAUCCAGGUCAUCUCCAUCAGGGCAUCUGAAUGGAUCGUUGUGUGAGAAACUCAACCUCAGCGAAGUUACUGAGGGGAGGACCAAGCUAACAACCAGCCAGACCAGCCUAGUGAGUGAGGCCACAGUAUCUGGAAUGAGUGCUAAGAACCGGAAGAAGAGCUGCACUUCAGCCACAGCCGAGCAACCACCUGAGUCCAAAGACAGCCUGCUGCUGAGGGAGGUGGGGCCACAGGGGCGGGGCCAAAUCGCAGUAGUGGAGCAGCUCUUGGAUGAGGGUGCCGACCCAUCCUGCCUGGACGGCGAUGAGCGUCCACCUCUGGUUGCCGCUGUGCUAAAUGGGCAUCAUGAUGUCAUCCCUAUGCUGGUGCAGAAAGGUGCGGAUGCUGACCAGCUUUCAGGGCCGUUGAAUAACAGCGCCCUGCACGAGGCUGCGGCUUUGGGGACUGAGGGUUUGAGGAGUGCAGAGAUCCUGCUCGGAUGCAACGCAAGUUUGAGAAAACUGAACAAUCACGGUCAGACACCGUACAACGUGGCUGAAGCUUCAGGCUCCAGCUCGAUGCUCUCGCUGUUAGCGGCUCACAGGGGAGGAAGUGGGCUCAACUCCCGGAGCGCCUCCGGACUCGACACGUUCUCUUAGGUAGACAAGAGUUCUCGCUCUGAUGUCAGACCUCAGAAAGAGCAGGAUCUGCCUGGAUAAGGACUCAAAGAGAUGAAAUAUGACCAGAUUACCAUCAUUUUAUCUGAUUCUGGCGUCUAAACACACAUUUCGACAGCAGACUCGUUAUUCUCGUUAGUCUUUUUGCUUUUUUUAAUACCGUAUCUCAACCAAAUUGUGUUUUGCUUAUGAUUUCCUGGAAUGCAAAGAAAUGAUCUCAUCCUUGCUGUGGGGAAAAAUUCCUGGUCCACGUUAUCAUUUAAAAACAUGCCAAACGAGCAGACUUCUUUUUUUUUUUUUUUUUCCCC